GGGGACUAGACAUUCCUCAUGUGGAAUUUGUUAUAAACUACAAUGUACCAUUAUCUGAGAAAACGUAUAGACAUCGUGUUGGUAGAACUGCACGUGCUGGUCAAAGAGGAAUAGCUCUAACCAUAGUAACACGUGAUGUAGCACCUGUGUUUCUAGAAUUAGAAGCAUCUCUACUACCAUAUCUACCAAAAUCUAAGGCGGAAGUCAGUAACUCUUCUCCUGGAAUACCUCGUUGGCCAAUUCCAGUUCCUGACUUGAACGGUCGAGAUAGUAUACUUGUCCGUCGGCGGUUAGCUGAUCAAGCUUGGUCUCGAGCUUCAAAGACGAUUAGAGCACAGAUAGCAAGUCAAAAACCUGUCGACAAUGAUGAUCUCCCUAGUUUCGAUUUACCAAUGGAUGAAGACAUACUUCAAGAGUAUGCCAAUUCAGAUAACAGUGAUGAUGCUGAAAGUGAUGACGAUGAUGAUGAUAGUGACAAUAAUGAAAACCGCUCAUCGCCAUCAUCAUCAUCAUCAUCAUCUGAUAGUGACGGUGAUAAUGACUCAUCAGCUGUAGAAAAACAAUCCUCCAAGCGUAAAUUGCCUAAACCUCCGGCCAGCUUCAAGUUGAAAACAUCUGGGGAGGCUGGGAUAGCAGCUGCACGUAAAACAUGGAAGUGCAUUGCAAAGCUGAAUCAACAACAGAAGAAGGAGCAAGCUGAGUUGAAAGAGACGCAUCGUGUUAAUAAAUCAAUUGGAUGGGGUGUUACAUUUACAAAUAAGGAUAACGAUGAAGCAGUGAACGAUAAUCACAAUAUGCAUAACGAUGAAAUGAGCGAUGAUGAAGAUGACAAUGAGGCGGUUCGUUAUGAACAGCCAAUCAAGACAAAAUAUGCUAAAUUUUUGAUUGCACACUAG